AUGACAGGCAGUGACUGACAGAUUGAGAACUUUCCAAGACAAGUGACUGGGUGAGAAGCACAUGGUGAGAAGCUCCUUCAGACCCUCGAGCUAUUAGGCACGGUAAAGAAACUUGGGGUCAGAAACACUUUAUUGGGAAGAAACAUGCGUGAAAGUUAAAGGGACUGGCACGUGUCAAAGUGAUGGGGACUCAGUGACAGAUGUGUUUAGUUGGAGGAGGGGCUGGCAACAGACACACAUACAACACACACGUGACCCCUGUGAGACAUCCACCUGGUGUGACACUGACACCAAAGGAGUAGCUCUGAGAUAGUUCCAUGGGUGCAGUGGAGCAUUACGUGUGAGAAUGCAUAGAGAAACUCGGAUGCACAGCCUGUCAGCAGAGCACCCCAUGCAGAGCACCCCAGAGCUGCAAAACACUUUGAAGAUGCCAAAUAUGUUGCGGAUGCAGAGCAUAGGACUGCAGAGCCUAACAGGUCUUCAGAGCAAGACAGAGAUGCAAAGCUCAAUGGACAUGCGGCGUGCAGGGGAGAUACAGAGUGGGACAGAUGUGCAGAGCGCGGUGAGAAAAAAAGUCACGGUGGGGAUUCAAAGUGAAAAACUUACACUGACGACUGGAGAGCUGCAGAACACGCAGCAGAGCAGAUAUGAGGACGCUGGUUCCAGAGAUGAAAACCUACCUUCCAGUUACCUCUACCCCCAUGGUUCUCGCCACUUACCUCACUCCAACUCCUAUAGUCAGGAAUAUGAUGUGGAAGAUGCUGAAACUUAUGCCCAAGAUGAUGGGAAUCUAUCAUACUCAUUACCCCUCCCACAGUCCUUCACUGGCACCCCAAGCCGGGGGUGCCAAAAGUCAGAAAAGGUGCAGGUAAACCUAGCUAACUAUACCUUAUGGGACAAAUUUCACAAGCAUCAGACAGAGAUGAUCAUCACAAAGCAGGGCAGGCGCAUGUUCCCAUUCCUCAGUUUCCAUUUGUCAGGGUUGGAUCCUCUGGCCCAGUACACUCUACAUGUGGAUAUGGUGUUGGCAGAUCAGAACCACUGGAGAUUCCAAGGUGGAAAGUGGAUCCAGUGUGGCAAGGCUGAGGGCAACAUGCCAGGAAACCGAACUUACCAUCACAUUGAUUCCCCGAACACGGGUGCACACUGGAUGAGACAGGAGGUGACAUUCAGCAAAUUGAAGCUAACCAACAACAAAGGGGCCUCAAGCAACACGACACAGAUGGUGGUUUUGCAGUCUCUUCACAAGUACCAGCCUCGACUCCAUGUCACACGCUUGUUGGAUUCAGGCAACCCUGAACCUCAAAGUAAUACCUUCACCUUUCCAGAGACGCAAUUCAUAGCAGUCACUGCUUAUCAAAAUGCUGAAAUCACACAGCUGAAAAUUGAUCACAACCCAUUUGCUAAAGGAUUCAGAGAACACUGUGAAUCACAUGUCCCCGGUGGAAUUACGGGGUUGUGCAUUCAGCCUGCAGGUGAGCGCCUCACUCCAUCUCCACCAGUCCGUUAUCCUUCUUCUCACCUGCAGGACCCCCUGCAAACCACUCGCCUCUAUUCUGUAGAGCAGAAGGAGCCUCAGCCUUGGUAUUUGUCCUCGCAAAACAUUGCUCCACAUCGGGACUACACACAUUAUGAUGCAACAACCAAGAUGGCUGCGGCCUAUGCAAUGAAGUGUUACUCUCAUCCAGCUCCAUUAGCAUACUAUACCGAAACCCUGGGGUCUGCCUGGGCAGGACCAGCACAAUACCAUCCCAAACCAAGCCCUGCACCCUCAAGUUGGUUUCAUCCCUUUUUAGACAACCGUGGAAAAGAGGAAGAGUCCAACCACUGGGGGGACCUCACAGCUUAUGUUGAGGACAGCAAACGAAGGAGACUCUCACCAUACAGACCUGAUGGAUCUCCCCACACAUAUGACAGAGACAUAGACAUUCCAUUUCCUGGGUUCUACAGCCAAUAA